GCCAGCCAACUGCGUGCCCCCGGGGCCGGCAAGAAGCCACAUGCCCCCGCAAGGAAUGCCGGGCCUGUCGGGCGGGGGGCGGGCGCUGGGCAGGGCUGGGCCGGGCAGGGAGCGCCCCGCCGGGAAGGUGGGUGAGAGGGAAGGAGCCAGCCCGCACCCUCGCCCGGCCUGUGCGCCGCCCCGGCCUGAUCGCGGCAUCUCACACUUUACCCGCCCGACACGCUGACGGGACGACCCGCGGGCUCCCGGGUCUGGGGGUGCCCUGGAGGCUGAAACAGGGCGGCUCGGCCCAGCCUGGGCAGCCCCCGCCCCCCUCCGCGCGCCCCCGUCCCGGCCGGCUCGGAGGAGGGGGCAGGCCGUCAUGUUUCCCCACACCCCUCCCCGCCGCCGCCGGCUUUGGGGCCCCGGUGGGGAGCAGGGGGCUGAUUAGCCGAGGAGCAGGGGUGUGGCCAGCGGGGCCCCGGGUAGUGAGUCACACACGCUGCUCGCCCAGUCCCGGGGCGAGCACGGUCCCAGCCCGAGCUGCGCGCUGCCCUGGCCCGAAGAGUGUCGCGGGGCUUGGCAUGAGGACCCUGGGGUGCCGAGGGAGGGGCUGAAGCCCGACGCUGUGGUGGAGGAGGGCGGACAGAAUGACUGAGAACAUGAAGGAGUGCUUGGCACAGACCAAGGCAGCCGUGGGGGACAUGGUGACCGUGGUGAAGACAGAGGUCUGCUCACCACUCCACGACCAGGAGUAUGGCCAGCCUUGCUCUAGGAGACCAGACCCCUCGGCCAUGGAAGUGGAGCCCAAGAAACUGAAGGGGAAGCGGGACCUCAUCAUGCCCAAAAGCUUCCAGCAAGUGGACUUCUGGUUCUGCGAGUCCUGUCAGGAGUACUUUGUGGAUGAGUGCCCGAACCACGGCCCCCCGGUUUUUGUGUCUGACACACCGGUGCCUGUGGGCAUCCCAGACCGGGCCGCCCUCACCAUUCCACAGGGCAUGGAGGUAGUCAAGGACGCCAAUGGGGAGAAUGACGUGCGAUGCAUAAAUGAGGUCAUCCCCAAGGGCCACAUCUUCGGCCCCUAUGAGGGGCAGAUCUCCACCCAGGACAAAUCAGCUGGCUUCUUCUCUUGGCUGAUUGUGGACAAGAACAACCGCUACAAGUCCAUAGAUGGAUCAGACGAGACUAAAGCCAACUGGAUGAGGUACGUGGUCAUCUCCCGGGAGGAGAGGGAGCAGAACCUGUUGGCGUUCCAGCACAGCGAGCACAUCUACUUCCGGACGUGCCGGGACAUACGGCCCGGGGAGCGGCUGCGGGUCUGGUACAGCGAGGACUAUAUGAAGCGCCUGCACAGCAUGUCUCAGGAAACCAUCCACCGAAAUCUGGCCAGAGGAGAGAAGCGGUCGCAGAGGGAGAAGUCUGAGCAGGCUCUGGAUGACCCAGAGGACUUGAGGGGUCCCCUUCAGCUCCCCGUGUUGAGACAGGGCAAAAGUCCCUACAAGCGUGGCUUUGACGAGGGGGACAUGCACCCCCAGGCCAAGAAGAAGAAAAUUGACCUCAUUUUCAAGGAUGUGUUGGAGGCCUCACUGGAAUCUGCAAAAGUGGAAGCCCACCAGCUGGCACUGAGCACCUCGCUGGUCAUCAGGAAAGUCCCCAAAUACCAGGACGAUGCCUACGGUCGGUGUGCAAUGACCAUGUCGCAUGGCAUGCAGAAUGUCAGCCGGACCCAAGGGGAAGGGGACUGGAAGACCCCUCAAGAGGCUGCCACAGAGCCAGGCCCAUUGGAGGAUGAAGAGGAGGAGCCUUCGUCGUUCAAGGCCGACAGUCCCGCCGAAGCCUCCCUUGCAUCCGACCCCCACGAGCUUCCCACCACCUCCUUUUGCCCUAACUGUAUUCGCCUAAAGAAGAAAGUCCGAGAACUCCAGGCAGAGCUAGACAUGCUUAAGUCUGGGAAGCUUCCUGAGCCCCCCGUAUUGCCAGCACAGGUACUGGAGCUCCCAGAGUUCUCAGAUCCUGCAGCCUCAGAGAGCAUGGUCUCCGGCCCCGCCAUCAUGGAGGACGAUGACCAGGAGGUUGACUCGGCAGAUGAAUCUGUCUCGAAUGAUAUGAUGACUGCCACCGACGAGCCCUCCAAGAUGUCAUCUGCCACUGGGCGCCGAAUCCGGCGCUUUAAGCAGGAGUGGCUGAAGAAGUUCUGGUUCCUGCGGUACUCCCCGACCCUCAACGAGAUGUGGUGCCACGUCUGCCGCCAGUACACCGUGCAGUCCUCCCGCACCUCGGCCUUCAUUAUUGGCUCCAAGCAGUUCAAGAUCCACACCAUCAAACUGCACAGCCAGAGCAACCUGCACAAGAAGUGCCUGCAGUUGUACAAGCUCCGCAUGCACCCCGAGAAGACGGAGGAGAUGUGCCGCAACAUGACCCUGCUCUUCAACACUGCCUACCACCUGGCCCUCGAGGGCAGGCCCUACCUGGACUUCCGGCCCCUGGCUGAGCUGCUGAGGAAGUGCGAGCUCAAGGUGGUGGACCAGUACAUGAACGAGGGGGACUGCCAGAUCCUCAUCCAUCAUAUCGCCCGGGCGCUGCGGGAAGACCUGGUGGAGCGCAUCCGCCAGUCGCCUUUCCUCAGCAUCAUUCUGGAUGGGCAGAGCGACGACCUGCUGGCCGACACAGUGGCUGUCUAUGUCCAAUACACCAGCAGCGACGGGCCCCCGGCCACCGAGUUCCUGUCCCUGCAGGAACUGGGGUUCUCAAGCACAGAGAGCUAUCUCCAGGCUCUUGAUCGAGCCUUUUCUGCCUUGGGCAUCCGGUUGCAGGAGGAGAAGCCAACCGUUGGUUUGGGCGUAGACGGGGCCAAUGUCACAGCCAGCCUGCGCGCCAGCAUGUUCAUGACGAUCCGCAAGACACUGCCUUGGCUGCUGUGCCUGCCCUUCAUGGUACACCGGCCCCACCUAGAAAUCCUGGAUGCCAUCAGCGGGAAGGAGCUUCCCUGCCUGGAGGAGCUGGAGAAUAACCUGAAGCAGCUGCUGAGUUUCUACCGGUACUCGCCGCGCCUUAUGUGCGAGCUGCGGUCCACGGCCUCCACCCUCUGCGAGGAGACAGAGUUCCUAGGGGACAUCCGGGCUGUGAGGUGGAUCAUCGGUGAGCAGAAUGUCCUCAACGCCCUCAUCAAGGACUACCUGGAGGUGGUGGCCCACCUCAAGGAUGUCAGCAGCCAGACCCAGCGGGCAGACGCCUCGGCCAUCGCGCUGGCCCUGCUGCAGUUCCUCAUGGACUACCAGUCCAUCAAGCUCAUCUACUUCCUUCUGGACGUGAUCGCUGUGCUCUCACGCCUGGCCUACGUCUUCCAGGGGGAGUACCUCCUGGUGUCCCAGGUGGAUGACAAGAUCGAGGAGGCCAUCCAGGAGAUCAGCCGACUGGCCGAUUCCCCGGGGGAAUACCUGCAGGAGUUCGAGGAGAACUUCCGUGAGAGCUUCAAUGGCAUUGCGAUGAAGAACCUCAGGGUGGCCGAGGCCAAGUUCCAGUCCAUCAGGGAGAAGAUCUGCCAGAAGACCCAAGUGAUCCUGGCUCAGAGGUUCGAUUCCCGCAGCCGGAUCUUUGUGAAGGCCUGCCAGGUAUUUGACCUGGCCGCCUGGCCCAGGAACAGCGAGGAGCUCAUGAGCUAUGGCAAGGAGGAUAUGGUUCAGAUAUUUGAUCACCUGGAGGCCAUCCCGACCUUUUCCCGGGACGUCUGUAGGGAAGGGCUGGACCCCCGGGGGAGUCUGUUGAUGGAGUGGCGAGAACUCAAGGCUGAUUACUAUACCAAAAACGGCUUCAAAGACCUGAUUGGCCAUAUUUGCAAGUACAAACAGAGGUUUCCGCUCUUGAACAAGAUUAUCCAGGUCCUCAAGGUCCUCCCCACUUCCACGGCUUGCUGCGAGAAAGGCCGAAAUGCCCUGCAGCGAGUUCGCAAAAACCACCGCUCCCGCCUGACCCUGGAGCAGCUGAGUGACUUGUUGACAAUCGCAGUAAACGGCCCGCCCAUUGCCAACUUUGACGCCAAGCGAGCCCUGGACAGCUGGUUCGAAGAGAAGUCUGGCAACAGUUACACACUAUCUGCCGAGGUCCUCAGCAGGAUGUCUGCGCUGGAACAGAAGCCGGUGCUACAGACCGUGGACCACGGGUCAGAGUUUUAUCCAGACAUUUAGGGAGCCAGCGUCGCAGAAUUCACUAAGCUGUUGAAUAUUUUUUUAACCUAUACUCAUAAGCUUUGAUAUAUUAUAUAAAUAUAUAUUAUAUUAUAUAUAUAUACAUAUAUAUAUAUAUAUAAACCCACACUGAAAAUUUUUAAAAACUGAGGUGACACAUCCAUCAAGCUACUGGGAGCUUUCAGAAAGGAAUAAUGUCAGAAACUAACUCUUGUCUACAAAAUUUGGCAGCUGCAACAUACGUUGCAACUCAUUUUCAUUCACAGAAGCAUGUGCUGGGAGCCACACGUGUUCCCACCUAACGGUCAACCAACAGCAUAAGCUAAAAUGACGGGUCUCUGUCAUCACCUUUAGGUAGCUCGUUUUGUUCAUGUUUUCGUUUGGGGGGUUGAGGGCCUUGGGUUGGGGUUUAUGUUCUUGCCGUUCCUUUUCUCGUUUGGUUUUAUGAUGGGGGUUUCUUGGCCUCUUCGUUGACAACGCUGGUCCAGUUGAACCCAAUCUCUGAUUUUGGAUAGGGUGGGGUGCGUAUCUGGAUUGGGCUGUUUGACUUGCUCCCUCUCCCACCUGACUUCAGUUUGAGAGAUUUUUAGUCAUUUCCGGACGAGUGUUCUUUCACUGUCUUAGAAACAUAAGUGUUGGUUAAACUGUGACACCCAUCACCCCCCCACCUCUGUCACCUCUCCCAUCCCUAGGUUGUUGAUUUUCCCCUUCCGGUCCCUUGGAUCCUAAAGAUAUUACCUGUUAUACUGAAGGCAAAAUUGCCUGACUACCGAGCUUGAAAUCCUGGGGAAGGAAGGGGGCGGGGGUGAGAUUUUUGCAUUCCUGUUUUCUACAUGGUGUAGGAUAAAAUAAUCAAAUUCCAUUCAGACCCAGGGCUAUUGGAGAAAUGAAGAGCCAAGAAAUCCAGACCCCAACGGGCAGCGAUUUUGGGCUAAAAACAAGUAAAAUGAAAAAUAUGUAUUCGAUUUACAUGAAUAAUUUAUAAUCUCUGUCUUUAUAAUCAUAUAAUGUGUUGGGGGUAUUUUUUUUCCUUUGAUAAUCAAGAAAUGCCUGCUAUAGUUUAGUGGCAGGAGAUGCCAAUGCAAGUUGUGCCCCGGAUAAUGCAUAACUCAAAUGAGAAGUCUCUAGAGAUUCAGUCCUUCUGCAACAGGCUGAUAACCAGCCCUACAAGCUGGCAGGAAGGUAGUAGGAAACUGGGGGAUGCAUCUAUGCCUAUGAACACUUCCUUUUGUGAACAGGGUAGAGAUGUCCUAAAAGAAAGGAAUAAACGAGGGGUAAGAUAGGACUCUCAAGGCAUCAGCCUACACACACACGCACACAUACACACAACACCACGAAAUAAGCUUUAGAAAUAGCCACUUGCCUACUCCCUGGGGCAAGUAGUGGUUUAAUCUAGAGGAGUCGGAUCAAUGCUCUUUUCAUUCACUUCACUACCGGUAUACCUCGCAAGGGAGUUUUUAAAACUAUGUGCGUGAGCUGUUAAAAACUUCUGUUCAUGUUUUCAUACCUGAUUUAUGCAUAUUUGAUAUGCAGAGAUCCUGUAUCAUGGGUGCAGGUCAUAUUUUGGGGAGGGAAAAUCUAUGUUGUCCAUGGUCAGUUAGGGAACCACCCUUCUCAGUUGGCAGAGGGUGGGCAAAGGAUGGUGUGAUCUGGCCACAGGCAAGGCCCCAGUGUCCCCAACCUGCUUGGCUCAGACAUUAGAAAACUGUGGUGGCUUCCUUCCUUCUUGGUUUAUCUUGUCUCCGAGGCCUCAUGCCACCGGUGAGAACCAUAGUGGAGACGUCAUCAACACUGAACAUGUCACCCCCCCCUUCCUGUCCUGCCAGUCCCUUCAUCCCCCCGACACACACAGAUCCCUCCCCCCACCCCCAUGGUCUUGGUGCUAAGAUAACUUUAGAAUCAUUGCUGCUAGUCGAUAGCUUUUCAUUAUAUAAAUAUAUUAUAUAUAUAUUAUAUAUUAUUUUUGAAACUUUUUUUUGUUUGUUUUAAACAGUGAUGUAGCAUGUUAAAAGAAACAAAAACGAACUGGUUUUCUCUGACUGUCCCACUGCCAGGCCUCAUAUGCUGCCUUCUUCAACAAAUCAAUGCACCCCCUGCCUGGUGACAUUCAUCCCCCAAGCCGCCUUCCCCAGUGGCCUGUACUUCCCCACCCUCCUCUGAACCAGGAGAGCAUUAGCAGGAACUAGCAAGGAAGGACUCAAAGCUCUUUCUGAUGCUUUGAAAUCCCCAGCCUCAUUCCACUCCUCCACUUUAAGCUGAUGUCGCUUCCCCCCGCCACCCCACACCUCCCAUUAGGGUCAGUAACUGUGGUCAAGUGGGAUGCUAUUGCAAAGCACAAGGCUCCACGUCUCCCUCCCCAGCCUCCUCUCCACCACAGACACAGGCUAAGAUGAGUUGAAGGCAGAGGAGGGCGGCAAGGUAGGCCUCAGUGGGGGCAAAACCAGUAGGCUGGGGUCCUUUCUUCUAGCCAACAGCUGCCUUAUCCCUUCUCUUCCCUCUACCCCCACUCCGCCCCACCCAUGACUUAGGGACCCCCUAGACCACUCAUUUGCAAACCAGGAAGAGACUCAUUAGUAGCUGCUUGAGCACCUAGUCCGGGCUGCUAAUGUGUUCUCUCCAGAGGCCCUGGCCAAACUUAGCUCAGUUUUUAUCCAGAGGGGAAAAGUAUCCUUUGGACCAGUGCCAUUGUCAACCCUGUAUCUUCUGAGAGAGCCGGGAGCCGGUGACCUGCUUCUGGGGUAGAAGCAAAGGGCUGCUGCUAGCAGCAUGUGGCUAUAGGUGGCCACCUGCUGAGCCAGGGUCCAGAACAGAGAGGAUGAACUCUCUGGAGGGUCUUGAAGUUUGGCAAGGUGCCUCUCAAACUCUGGAUGCCCAUGACCUCUGCUGAAUUCAGCCAGGCCCGGCCGUGUUAGACACGCUGAAGGCCACUUUGCCUUGGGAUAGGGAGUAACCAGGGAAUAGUCGGGGUGACACACCACUGUAAUUUACGUAGGGACUUUUCUCAGCCUGGAUGCUCCUAGGAGGCUCAGAGCUUCUGUCCUGUGAAUGCUGCAUGUGAUUACCUGUGAUUUCUUUCACAGGUGUUUCCCACUCUCUGCCUCCUUGAGGAGGACUCUUGGGUCGACGGGACCUUCAGGGUCUAGCCCAGGGAACCACAUGCUUGGCUAGCCUAACUUCCUUUUGAUGGGUAUAAAAAACUGUGGCUGCUCAGUCCAUGCAUCCAAGUGUGGUGGCUUCAGACAAGACAUGCCCUUUAACUCAGCCCAUGGCUUAGGAAUGACAACCUUUGGCUUAGAAGAAAAUGUUUGUGUCUCUGGAGUGAAGGCUUGUCCUCAUUGGUCUGGCCGAUUAGUGACUUUCUUCAGUCUGGAGGAGGCGGGAAGUGAGAUCAGGUUUGUGGCCAAUUGUGCCAAGCCGAUACAUUGCAGAGCCUGGGAACCAGAAACCCUUGUGAUUAAAAUGGUCUGCUUUCCCACCAUGGAGGGAGAAACACCCAUUGCCAUCUAGUGUCUGUGAAACCUGAGGACAGCCCAGCCCUGUCGGCAGCUUUUGCUGUGUUAGAAUCCUCAAGCUUUGACUGCCUGAUGGAAUAGUUUUUUUGUUUGUUUGUUUUGUUUUGUUUUGUUUAGUGACAGCUGUAGUGCUGGGCAAGUUCUUAUCUCCUCAUUCUCGUUUGAGAAUGAGAACAGUUUCCAGCUCCAGAAACCCUGGAUAGCUGGGUUCAGUGCAGGACCUGAACCAGGACAGUUGGAGGUCUUGGCCCCAGCCCCUCCUCCAUGUAUCCAGGUUAAGUCAUCUUUCCCAGCCCCUUCUCCUUGACUUGCUUAUGUCAACCCUUUAAUUUGGAGGAAGAACCUUGUAAUUAUUUAAGGCAAUGUUUAAAUAGUUUCCAUUCGUUUGGAAGUGAUACCAAGAAGGAGAAAACAGGGAAAAGCAUGUAGAAUGCUAAAAAUAAUCAUGGAGUGACUGAAAUGGACUACAGACUUGGUCCGGCCUGGGCUGUUGGGUUGGAGUCAUUUUAGCUAUUCACCUGGAACCUUAUGGAGUCCCGGAAGUGGCCUGGUGGUUGAAAUGGGACUUGUCUCCUAGACUCUUUCCCCUUCAUUUUUCCUCCUACCCGCUCUAGGAACAGGAAUUCUAUAUCUAGAGCUGGUUUGGGCUUGAAGUCCGGUUUGAUUUUCAAGUAGAAUUUGUGUUUUUUCUUGAUGCUGACACCCAGUUUGAGCAGAAGGCUCCAGUCCCACUGGACCUCACACCCCCUCACCUCUUGAAGUGGCAGGCCCAGCCAGGCCAGCCUGGGACAGCUGAAGCCUGGAGGCCAGGCUGUUUGGAGGGCGCGUGAGCUUGGGACAGUCCCAUUCCAGACACUGGCCUCUUGAAGGUAGUGCUGGGUCUUAGAGUCUAGUCUGUUCUUGAGGAAGGAAGAUUAUGGCAAGAGACACAAAAGCCCCUUUUUCUGCUUAGAGGAAGGCCCCUCACUGCUGUCUGUUCUGGGUGCUUUAGCUGACUGGGUGGAGCUGUGAUAUUUUAAGGAGCCUUUGAAGUGAUCUUUGUGUGUUAGCCAGAGGGAGAAAAUGCCCUUUGGGGAGGAAAAUGGUACGGCCCUCCUCGUCCAUCUGGCUCUCCCUCCCCCACCCUAAUCCCUUCAAGUGGUAUCGCCCUGGAAAUACCUAUGCAAUCCAGCCUCCCUAGGAGAGAGAGGGCAUGGAAGCAAGGGUUUGUGCAGUGUAGAAUACAAAUGCUACAGCAUAUAUAUUGUAUAUAUGGACAUAGACAGUACGUAUACACACAGAGUAAGAGAUUGAAUUACAUCUAUAUAUAAAUAAUAUUCUAUAUAUUUAUACAUUUCUAUGUUUUAAAUAGAUAUAAAAUAAAGUCUAUAGAGAGCUGGGAGAGCAAUGGGAAAGCCUGUGUUGUGCAAAGAGGGAGGAGGCAGAGCCUUUGCAGGAGGAGACAAGGGAGCUAAGCAGGCAGGGUUUGCUGGGAAUGGGGCCUCCUACCAGGAGUGUUGGAGAGGAGAGUAACUGGGUCCCGGCCCUCUCUGUGCACUUUCUCUCCUUCACCACAGGCUUGGUCUGAGGUUGGAAGGAGAUAACUCACCCCCUGAGCUCCAGCUGAAGUGCCCCCUACAAGUCUAUGCUUAGGUGGUCACUGCUACUCGGCAGUAGUAGGACAUGGUCACUGACCCAUGGUGUAGGGACCACUGCACAACUUUCCCCAAAACACCCCCCUCCAGGAACGAGCAGCGUUGGUCGCCAUCGGAAAGGUGCGAAUUGGACCCAGAGUGGUCCAGGAAGGAUGCUGCCCCUCCCCACGCAUUUGCUUCUACUGCCCCCUAGAGGCCAGACCUCUGAAGUACAGCCGCCCUGGCCUCCCUCACCUGCUCCGACACUGUCAGCCAGGGCACUGGAGAAGUGAAGUGGGCAGUGUGAGCAUCGCCAGCCAGCGCUGCUUGCCAUCCAGAGGUUUUCUGGUCAGGGCAGGGGGCAUCAGCUAACGGGGAAGGGGUGGGAGAGACAUAUCUGCACACUCAUAAAUUCAGUAGCAAUUCAUGUUCAGAAGCAGGGCUUUGGCCCAGCCCACUUUGCACAGCUGCUGCUGCUGGCUGUACUCAGGACAAUGGUCUUCCCUCUCCUGCACAGAGGCCCACUGACCCCUCACCCCACCGCCACUGUAACAGGCAGGUUUAGUUCACAUACACUGUUCUGAUUCUGUGACUCAAGGCAGAGGCUGAGCCGGAAGCCCCAAGCUCCUCCCCUUCCAUUGGGGAGGGCUUCUUCCUCAGUUUGUCCCUGCUCUCACCCUCAGCUGGCAAGCAUGUCUGGGGGCCCGAGGGGGCACUGGUGCAGCUGGCAGCAGGACGGAGGGCUUGUGCAGCCCUGACAGAAUCAGGAGCCCAUUUAACUUCUAUAGGUUUCUCUCUGUAGUUUCUUUCCCCUGGAGGCGGGUUGGGGAGCUGAUGAUGGGAGACAGGGCAGCUUUGUGGUCCUUUGUUCUCCAGACCAGCCUCUGACUUUUGGCUCUCCAAAGGCACUCAUCUCCCAUCCCCAAGCCUCCUCUGACUCCCUGCCUUGCUCUUCCCCACCAUUUUACCAACGGACCUCAGUCUCCUGCAGACCCACCCCUAUAUACCUACAGCCCUGGGUGGGUCUGUUCUGUCAAUGCCCACCUCCUCUGCCCUCAUGUCUGCCCGGGUCUCCUUGAGCCACAGCCAGCUGCCAGUCAGGUCUCGAAACACCCUCCAGGGCCUGGCUCAAGGGAGGCCAGGCCUGACCCGAGCCUUCCUCCCACUGUGGUGGAUCAGACCCAUGGCCAGGGGAUGGGCACCCCCGGGUAGCAAUCCCACAAUGCACUGUACCUCAGAGAGAGAGCAGCCACGGGGCAUCAAGGCAUCAGGCCCUCCGUCCAGAGGACAGCCGGUUACAGUACUGCUCACAGAAAGACAAGGGCCAGGCUGCCCUCGACACCCCUCAUUCUUCACUUUUGUCUCUCCGGAAGAGCCAGCAGUCUGAUUCAGCCUUUUUCAGCCCCUGUCUCUCUCCUUCUCUCCACCCCCAUGCUGCUGAACCGUGUCAUUUCAAUCACAAAGGAAAAAUUAAGUGGGGGUGGGGCGAAAUACCUAGGAGUCUAUUAUCACAUACCUAUUAAUAUGUUAAUACUUUCUUUCUUAAAAAAAAGAAAAAAAAACUCUUGAUAUUAUUUUGCAGACUACGCUUUAUAGUACCUGUGUGAUGGGACCUAGAACACUGGAUACAAAUAGAGCUAUGUUGGUUUAUCAUAAUAUGUACGCAGAAACUUUCCUUUUGUCAUAUUAUCCUUGUAAUGUAAGAAGAUUGUUAAUAAAAGCAUUUAAAUUUA